AUGGACCGCCUAUCCAUGGAAUUGCAUUUGAAAAUCAUCACCGAUCUUUGUACUUCGGAAUACGCAUGUUGUUUCGACCUCCUUCACCUGGCCGAGACCAGCAGAUAUUUCCACAGACUGGCAUGCCCUAUUUUCCUAAAGACUUUGUGCAAGCUAUUACGGGCAAAGAUCAAGCCAGGUACUUGGGCUCCCAAAACCACGAGUGACUCUCGCAUUCCACAAGAUGCAUCAGUCCUUGUACGAGAUACCCUGAGCUUGAUCUUUUACAGGUCUGCCUUCAAAGAAAUUCCACAGCUCUUCCGCCCACUUGCCGUUCAGCUCACAGGGCCGAAAGAACCCCUAAUCGCCUAUCAUCCCGACUGGAAAGGCCGACUAUUCAUAGACAUAAAGGGACCUUAUCAUCCAGAGCCACCCAUCUAUGCAUGCGCAAAAGAUCUUGUGGCGUGUUGCGCGGAGUUCACUUUGAAGCGCGAUGUGGAAGGGGGUAUUGUUAUGUUCUCGACAAAGCAGAUUGAUAAGAAGAUUGAAAGGGAGAAACAGAAAGCUAAGAAGUUGGCUAAGAAGGAAAGGCUAAGGGGCUCAAAGAGACCGCGCAAAGAGGCUAAGGAUCAAUGA